GGUGGGGCUGCGGCAGUGGUCGUCACUCGGGGCACCUUACAAAUAGCCCUGACCAAUCACCCUGUCCCACUCUCAACAGCCACCCUCUGCAUCAACUCAACAGAUCCUCCAGUGGUAACUCCAUACACCUGUGUUGUUGGUGUAUAAAAAGUAGACACCAUGAGUCCUAAACAUGUUGUCUUCAAGAAGCUCUCCAGGGACAAGUCUGUGGGUGUUUAUAUGGCAAAGAGAGACUUUGUGGAUCAUUGUGACUCUGUGGACCCUGUAGAUGGAGUUGUAUUGGUCGAUCCGGAACAAGUAAAAGGCAAAAAAGUGUUCGUGAUGCUAUCAUGCACAUUCCGUUAUGGGAGGGACGACAUGGAUGUGAUGGGUAUAGGAUUUCGGCGGGACAUCUUCCUGACUACGCGACAGGUGUACCCGCCCCUUGAAGACAGGGAGCGGAGCACACACACCCAAAUGCAGGAGAAACUCCUGCGCAAACUCGGGCAUGAUGCCUACCCAUUCUUCUUCGAGUUUCCAGACAACCUGCCCUGCUCAGUUUGCCUUAAGCCUGGAUCCAAUGAUGUUGGAAAGCACUGUGCAGUGGAGUUUGAGGUGAAGGCUUUCUGUGGAGAAACCCAGGAUGAGAAGGCCCAAAAGAGGAGCUCAGUGCGUUUGGCCAUUAGGAAGAUCCAGUAUGCCCCUGAAGCAGGUUCAGAGCCCCCUGUUGGUGAGACCACCUGUGAGUUUGUCAUGUCUGAGAAACCCCUGCACAUGAAGGUCCAACUGGACAAAGACACAUACUACCAUGGGGAGCCAAUCAACAUCCAUGUGGACAUUAGCAAUAGCUCUGGCAAAGAUGUCAAAGACCUUUCCGUUUCAGUGGAACAGGUGACCCAAGUGGUGCUCUAUUCCAAUGACAAAUAUGUGAAGUCAGUGGCGGCGUCUGAGGAGAACAAAAACGUGAUUCCUGCGGGCACCUCAUUUAAGAAGAGCUAUACGCUCGUGCCACUGCUGGCCAAUGCCCGCGAGAGGCGGGGGCUGGCACUGGAUGGCAAGCUGAAGCAUGAGGACACCAACCUCGCCUCCUCCAGCAUUGUGAAGGAAGAGGUGCUGAAGGAGGUCCUGGGGAUGCUGGUGUCCUACAGAGUGGCCGUCAGAGUGCUGGCUGCAGGGUUAAUUGGAUCAAGUGAGGUCGCUGUGGAGGUGCCAUUCCGACUCAUGCACCCCAAACCUGACCCAGAGAAAGAGAGUGAGGGAGAUCUUGAGUUUCAGGAGUUCAAGCGCGUCUACCUGAAGGGCAUCAUCGGGGAGGAGGAGGACUCCCCUGCCGAGGGCUGAGAAACACGGGCACGGGUUGGAGCGUGGGGGUGUGGGGGUAUCAGGCACAGGAGCUCGGCAUCUCCACCUGGCGCACCUCACUGCCCCCUCAUCCCCACCUCGGACAGAAAGACGUCGACCGUCUCAGGAGUCGACCUAGAAAGGAGUCUGCUGAAAAACAGUCUGGACCUGCUGAGAGUAAUAUGCUUCCAUAGCCAGCUGUAGGUGUCUAGGUAGCCAUAGGUCUAAUACUGUCUGACGCUCAGCAGAGGUUGAUGUGUGUGAUCCACAAUACAUCUUGGGAGAGAAACGUCUUCAUUAGAGGGCCAGAGAUUUUUGGACAAAGCAGUUGGUCUUAUUCACCAUCCUGCUGCAGCCAACCACCAGAAUCUGAAUAAUGGGCAGCCGUGGCCUACUGGUUAGCACUUCGGACCUGUAACCGGAGGGUUGCCGGUUCGAACCCCGACCAGUAGUGCUGAAGUGCCCUUGAGCAAGGCACCUAACCCCUCACUGCUCCCCGAACGCCGCUGUUGUUGCAGGCAUCUUGGACAUUAUAUACUUAGUUUGGUACUUUCCUCGAAGAGGAAUAUCACAUAGGGCUCAUGUAUUGUAACUGAAAUGUUUCUUCUUUUCUUCAAAAAAUAGUGUACUGAAAUUGUUGACAUUCAUGAUAUAAACUAUUUGAUUACUUACAUGUAUGUUUGUAUUUUAUUGGGUUGUAACUUGUGUAAUGUAUAUAGAGAUGAAACAUAUUUCACCCCACUGCGCCGGGAUUAGUGUGUGCUUCACCUCACUGUGUGCUGUGUGUGUUUCACUAAUUCACGGAUUGGGAUAAAUGCUGAGACCAAAUUUCCCUCACAGGAUUAAAAGAGUAUAUAAACUUAUGCUAUACUUAAAUCCUUCCAUAAACAGGAUGUACUACAGUAGCCCCCCACCCCCACCAUCCGUGACAGUGGUUGAACAUGACAGAUGUUGUAGCGUGAAGAGCCAUAGGCUCCCGUAUGUACGCUGUGCGUUAUGGGUUUUAUGUUUCUCCUGUAUGAAGGCCUCUUUGUCUGUCCCACCAUCACAGGCUACACAGCUCCAUAUGCGCUGAUUUUUUCCAGACCUCUUUGAAAGCAACACCAAGCGAAAUAUUCCCAUAUGCACUAUGUUCUAUUUUAGACAAUACCUUCCCAGUGGAGCACGCCACAUAGACCUAUUUUAAGGCUUGUAGGAGGUUCUAGGCAGAGUAAAUGGAUUUGUGAAUGUAUAUAAAUACUUAUGGACAUCUUGGACAUUAUAUACUUAGUUUGGUACUUCACUUGAAGAGGAAUAUCACAUAGGGCUCAUGUAUUGUAACUGAAAUGUUUCUUCUUUUCUUCAAAAAGUAGUGUACUGAAAUUGUUGACAUUCAUGAUAUAAACUAUUUGAUUACUUA